AUGGCCAACGGCGGCCAGGUGCUGGUGGACGCUGAGACCUUUGAGCAGAUCAGGGACGAGCGCAGCCUGGCGGCGGUGGACUACCACGGAUACAACGACAGGCUGCUGGCGGAGAAGGCGGGCCCAGGGCCCUGGUGCGCGUGCGGCAGCUGCAGUCCCUCCAAGUGGCUGCGUCCCGGCUGCACCCGCGCGGACGCGGACGCCGCCGCAACCGCCGCCCCUGCCUUGGAGGCGUCAAAGCUUGUGAUCUUGGACAUGGGGGAGUACGAGGUUCCGGGCAUCAACCUCGAGGCGGUGGUGUCGGGCCAAGCGCCCGGGCAGCAGCACAGCCCCGCCGACGGCGGUAAGCGCGCCGGCCAGCAGCCGCAAGACCAGGAGCAGCAGGAGCGACGGCGGCAGCGGCAGCAGCGGCGCCGCAAGUCGGGGCGCCUGCGUGUCUACAGCGUGGCGCCGAGCUGCCUGGCCGACAGGGCCAGGGAGUGGGGCAACUCUCUGGCCUUCAAGGAGGGCUGGCGCCAGACUGACCGCGGCUUCUUCGAGGCGCCCGGCGCCGUCGGCGCCGCGACCCUCACGCCGCGCGACGCGGCCGUGGCGCCCGAGCUGAUGCCGCACGUGACGGUCGUGUGUGCUGGUGUCGAGGGCGCCAAGUGGCUGGUGCGGUGGCGGCACGCGGGCGAGGUGCGGGAGAUGGCGCGGCUGCUGCGCAUGGUGUACGUGGCAGCGCUGCGCGCUGUGCCAGGCGGCUACCUGUGCCGCGAGCAGGAGGGCGGCCUGCGCUACAUGCUGGCGUUCCGCGACGCAGAGGGCGCGCUGCAGUGGUGCCUGCUGGUGCAGGAGGCGCUCAUGUACGCGCCCUGGCCGGCGGCGCUGCUGGCGCUGCUCGAGUUUGGCGAGCAGCACACACGCGACGGCGGCACGCUGCUCUUCCGCGGGCCGCGCGUGAAGAUGGGCGUGUGCGAGGGCCGGCCGCGCAGCCUCGUGGCGAACGAGGAGGGGCGCGCCGACUACUUUGGCGCGAGCGUCAACCAGGCGGCGCGCUACAUGGACGCGGCGGCGCGCGGCGGCCAGGUGGCGUGCGACCUGCAGCUUGUUGAGGCCGCGUUCAGGGACUGGCGGCUGCGCGACGAGGGCGCGGCGGCCGCAGAGGCGGCGGAGGCCGCGGCCCCUGCGGCCGCGGCGCCGUGGGAGCCGCCCUCCAGGCAGCCCGCCUCGGCCAACGGCCCCGCAGGGCCGGAGCCCGCCUCGUCGCAGCAGUCGCAGCAGCAGGAGCAGCAACAGGAGCAGCAGCAGGGGCAGCGGCAGGCGCAGCAGCCGUCACAGCAGCCCGGGCAGGGGGAGGCGGCGCAGAGCGCGCCCGCGCAGGGCCCGCGCGUGACAGGUUUGCCGGGCCGCGAGCCCUACCAGCUGCUGCAGAGCGGCCGGGCGCGGCCCUCGCAUCGAUACGAGGAAGACGACGCCGUCAUACCCGGGCCGUCGCGCACGCUGUCUGGCACCGCGCUGAUACGCCAACCGCGCCAGCCGCGCGUCGGGGCCGCGGGGGCGUUCGCGUCGCCGUUCGCGCGCGCGCUCGGCUUCCCGCAGCCGGCGCGUGCGGCGGGGGGCGCGUCGGGGCCGCAGCCCGGGGAGGGGCCCGCGCCGGCGCCGCUGGCGGGCCGGCCGCGGGCGGUGGCGCCGACGACGCUGGAGGAUGCGAUUGCCGCCCUCCCGCGCCACAGCGUGGCCGUGCGCGCGCUGCACCUUGGGUCCUACGCGUUCAAGGGCGCCACCGCAGUCGACCUCGUCACCGUCACCGCCGCCUCCCUCGCCGCGCGCGAGGCGCUGGUCGCGCGCGACGAGCCCAGGGCGCCCAAGGGCCGCAGGCUCGCGGAGCGCUCCGGUGUGGCGGACGGCGCGGUGGCGCCGCUGCCAGACAUCCUGCCCGGCCUGAGGGACAGGUUCCUUGACGCCGCCGCCGCCGAGGGCGACGCGGCCGCCGGCGGCGGCGGCGAAGGCGUCGCCGCGAGCGACGGCUCGGCGGCGCGCCUGCAGGCCAAGCUGCAGCGGUCGUCGAGCACCGCCGCCGCCGCCGCCGUCGCCGCCGCGCUCGCGGCGGGCCCGGCCGGGUACGCGUUGUGGCUGUCGCAGGAGCUCGCGCGGCGGCGGCUUUUUGAGGGCGAGGGCGCGGCGGCAGCGCCGCCGCUGGCCCGGUCGCUUACCACCACCAGCAGCUUCAGGCGCUUCGUGGGCGCCGUGCUUUAG